AUGGAGUCUUACAAGCUUGGUGAAAUUAAAGUCAUUCCCAUCUUCUAUGGGGUUGAUCCUUCUGAUGUGAGACACCAGCGAAGAAGUUUUGGUUUAGGAAACUACCGGGGUCGAGUAACGGCCGAUAAGGUUCUCGGAUGGGAAGAAGCUCUAAACCUGGUUGCUGGUCUUUCAGGCGUGGACUCCAGCCACUGUGCGGACGAUGCUACGAUGGUUAAGGGAAUUGUUGAAGACAUCUCAAGCCAGUUGGCUUCUAUGCAGCCAACACCUUUGGACGAUCUUGGACGACGAUUUCCAGCUCAUUGUUUCAUAGCAAACGUAGACCAAACCUGUGAAGAAGACAAUCUCAGAGAGGUACAACAUCAAUUUCUCUGCGAUAUCUUAAGUACAAAACAAGUGCGUAAAAUUAUGAGCGUACAAUCCGGAGCAAAACUUAUCCAGUCGAGGCUUGCAAACCUCAAGGUCUUCAUUGUGCUUGAUGGUGUGGAAAAAGUGGAGCAGUUAAAUGCCUUGGCAAAAGAGACUAGCUGGUUCGGUCAAGGGAGUCGAAUCAUCAUAACCACACGAAAUAAGAGAUUGCUCGAUUCAUGCAGAGUGACCACCGUACACGAGGUUCAGUGCUUGGAAAGUGAGGAGUCUUUAAAGAUGUUAAAGAACUUUGCAUUCGAAGGUGGAGUUCCUCCUGGUGAUGCAUAUGAAGGAUUAGCGAUUCGAGCAUCUCAGCUCGCUCAAGGUCUUCCUCUUGCCCUAAAAGCCUUCAGCUUAUAUCUCCGUGGAAUCAGCUCCAUAGAGCAGUGGGAAGAUACAUCAGACACAUUUGAAACAGCUCCUCAUGGAGACAUCAUGAAUGCCUUACUAAGUAGCUAUUUCAGCCUGGACAUGCGAAGCCAGACCAAUUUUCUUCGGGUCGCAUGUCUUUUUAACAAGUAUACAAGCUCUGGCUGA